UAUUUGCCCUCGAAGCUUCGCUUCUCGGCCUUAUAGGGAGGUAUAGAGCUUUAUGGGGGUGUAUGGGGCUGUAUAGGGGUGUAUAGUACUUCAUAGGGGUGUUUAGUGCUGUAUAGGGGUGUCUAGUGCUGUAUAGGGGUGUAUAGUGCUGUAUAGGGGUGUAUAGUGCUGUGUAGGGGUGUUUAUUGCUGUAUAGUGCUUUAUAGUGGUGUAUAGUGCUGUAUAGGGGUUAUAGUGCUGUAUAGGGGUGUAUAGUGCUGUAUAGGGGUGUAUAGUGCUGUAUAGUGGGGUAUAGUGCUGUAUAUGGGUGUAUAGAUCUGUAUAGGGUUGUAUAGUGCUGUAUAGUGCUGUUUAGGGGUGUAUAGUGCUGUAUAGGGGUGUAUAGUGUUGUAUAGGGGUGUAUAGUGCUGUAUAGGGUUGUAUAGUGCUAUAUAGGGGUGUAUAGUACUGUAUAGUAGUGUAUUGUACUGUAUGAGGAUGUAUAGCGCUGUUUUGGGGUGUAUUUGUCCGAUAAUAUACUUUGUGCUGAUACAUGAACUGACCCUCACUAGAUGUUAUUUAGAUUUCUCCGAGCGAGGGCUCUGGGAACGACAGUGAGCCGCCGGUGAAUCAAAAUGGCGUAUGGUUUGUGUGGCGCGGAAUAGAGGAACGAGUCGAAGAAGGAGUCUUCACCAGGGAGUGAAAAAGUUGAUCGUGAUUAAUGUUUGUCAUCAGAAAAGUAACAGCAAAGAAAAGUGUUAGGAGGUAUUAAUGUACAGGUAAAACAGUUUUUCAGCUAUGAAGCGCGCGUGCUCUCCAAACUCGAUAACAUCGUUGAAUUACUCCAGUGUGACCAUAGAAUGUUUAGAAAGACCCGAUGUACUUGACGACACAGAGAGUUACAUUUCGGGACGGGUUCUCAGAGGUGGAAAGUUAGCUUGGCUUGUCCGUGGUGCUACUUUGGAAGUCAUAAACACAGUCACUGGCUUACGGCAUGCGUCUUAUAGAUUUGGUUGGAGCCCGCAUCAGCAACGGUCAGUAUGUAUCUCGUCCGUCAGCGAACUUCAUAUUGAAGACAGCACAAAGCUUCUGGUUGGACUGAAAGAUUUGUCUGGCGGUGGUGGAGGAAUUGUGUGCAUUUUUGAUCCAUUUGUGUCUCGAGUGAUCAAGGCUAUAGAGAUUCCUUACCCUGUCACUGUAGUGGAAUGUGUUACCAGCUCAGGUGGGGCUCAAGCAUCGCCUCAUGCAUUCAGUCCUCAGUUAAAACUGUUGUUUGGUAUUGUGGCUAUUGGUACAGAGCAGGGACACUGUUACUUGGUUGAUCUUCGUCUUGAUGAUGAAGGUGAAGAGUUUGAUGAGUGGCACACAAGCUCCAUUGAAGUGGUGAAUCCUUUAUCACAUGAGAUGGCACAACUUAGAAAUACUGCGAGGACGAAUGGAACCCAUUUAGGGAUAGAGAUAGGAAGUUUUUGCCAUGUUUUUGGAAGGUUUUCAUAUGUGAAAUCUGAUUUUACUGAGUUGAAGAGUUUUUCCUCAGGUGAUGUGUUUGUGACGGCUAUCAAGUAUGUGAGGCAAACAAGCUCUUUGCUCGUAGGAUUCAACUUCGGUUGCUUUCAGAUGUGGAACAUGGAGACUCUCACUCUUAUCUACAGCAGUCAGAUUGGCCAGUAUUAUUCAGCAGUCACACACUUCAUGUAUCAGGAGCCAGAGAAUGAUCCACGUUAUUGCAGCUAUUUGUGGGUGGCCAGAGGCCCUCUUGUUCUUGAGAAUUGUCCAGAGACACCUGCCACCCUCACUCUAUACCAACUGGUGUUUGCAUCAAGAGAUGUACUUACAGGUUAUGGGGUUAUCUAUAAGGACCUUAGUGGUGUUGGUCGUAGGUUUGAACAUCAACUCACUGCUGAUGCUCAUCAUCUUGCUGAUGCUACCUCUGUUGGAAGUAAAAUUAUUUGCUGCUACACGUUAGAAAAAGGUGGAAACUCAUUUGAUAGUCCAAGAAUGGAUGAAGGUUCUACUGUUGAGAUUGAUUAUGUGCGAGAUCUUACUUUAGCUAUGUGUGUGUGGGAGGCUCCAGCACAUGAUCUGCAUUCCAGGCCCACAUGCCAUUUAGGAAUCUUUGAUAUCAAUUGCUGGUACCAUUCACAAAUGCCUCCAUCUAUCAGGGAUGCUAUGUUUGGUAGUAAGGAUCCUACAUGUCCAUUCUUUGCUUUCUUUUCACUGGCGGACAUUUUAGAUGCUGCAUCCCCUGAUGGGAUUGUGGAUGUGUUUGUAGAUGAAAAGUCUGUUUGCAACUUUGUAUCAAGUGCUGGAUCAACACUAGAGCAGCACCUGUGGCCAGCUUCUCUCAAGUUUGGUGAGUAUUAGAUUUCUGCAUGAUUGUAGAAUUUGUUGUAAAGCAGUCAUGGUCAUCAUAGAGUGUUGUGGGGUCGUGAGCAUGUUCUUGUGUAGCUUACACAAAGUGUUAGGUCACACGACAGUGGCAAACACAUUAGAGUACAAGGUAAAUCAUUAAUGCAAGAAAGAAAAAGCAAAGGUCCUAGUUCAAUACCAUGCAUUACAUACAUUACUAAAAGAGGAUAGCUUACUUUAAUGUACAGUACCCGUCAAAUGUAAGUUGACAGUCACUCGAAACGCGAAUGA